GAGGAGGAGGAGGAGGAGGGGGUGCGGAUCACCCCCCAGCUGCUGAAGGCCAGCACCGGGGAGUUCGCCCUGGAGUCCAUCCUGCUGCUGAAGCUGCGGGGCCGCGGCAUCGCCCACCUGGGCUGCCUGGGCGACUGCGCCAACCUGGAGUGGCUGGACCUCUCCGGCAACGCCAUCGCCCAGCUGGGACCGCUGGCCGCCCUCAAGUCCCUCGCCGUCCUCAACCUCUCCCGCAACCGCGUCGCCAGCCUGGAGCCGCUUGGCUCCUGCCACAACCUCCAGAGCCUCAACGUCGCCGGUAACCUGGUGAGCAGCCUGCAGCAGCUGCGCUGCCUGACGGGGCUGCGGCGCCUGGAGAGCCUGCGCCUGCGAGACCCCCUCGCCCGCCUCGCCAACCCUCUCUGCGCCGCCCCGGCUUACCGUGCCGCCUUGGCGGACAUGUUCCCCGGCCUCAAAGCCAUCGACGGCGAGCGGGUGUCCGGUCGCGGCAGCGAGCUCUACCAGCUCUGCCGGGAUCUCGACAGCUCGCUGGGACGCGGCGGCGGCGCCGGUACUGGUACCGAACCACCCCGCGCGGCUCAGCCCUGGGUGGAGGCGAGUUUCUGGGAGCCGCGGCCGCCCCGGCGCAGCUCCAUCAUGGAGGAGGCCUACAAGCAGUUCGGGGAGGUGCUGCAGGAGUGCCGGGAGCUGAGCCGCCGCGCCGACGACACCAUCGCCCAGGCGGAGCGGACGCUGAGCGGCCGACCUGACCCCAACUCCUUUGUCUUCUGA